UAAGCCUCCGCCCCGUCAGCCGUGGCUGGCGCGGCCCGGAGGUGGAGCGCUGGGACCCGGCAGAGCCAAGGGAAGGGCGCCCCAGGGGAGAGGCGGGCGCGAGGCGCGGUGCCGGGCACAGUGACGAAGAGCUGCCCUUCGCUGCCAGCCGGGUACGAGGACACCGCGAAGCCGUCACCCCGCCGCCCACCACCAGCACGCUCCCGAGAUGUCAGCCGCCGGCGCCAGGGGCCUGCGGGCCUUGCACCACCGGCUCCUCGACAGAGUGGAGCUGAUGCUGCCGGAGAAACUGAGGCCGCUGUACAACCACCCGGCAGGUCCUAGAACAGUAUUUUUCUGGGCUCCAAUUAUGAAAUGGGGCUUGGUGUGCGCUGGCUUGGCAGACAUGGCCAGACCUGCGGAGAAGCUCAGCACUGCUCAGUCCACGGUUCUGAUGGCUACAGGAUUUAUUUGGUCAAGAUACUCACUGGUAAUUAUACCAAAAAAUUGGAGUUUGUUUGCUGUGAACUUCUUUGUGGGGGCAGCAGGGGCCUCUCAGCUCUUACGUAUUUGGAGAUAUCACCAAGAACUAAAAGCUAAAGCAAUCAAUUGAGAGUUCCAGAUCACCUGAACAAUCUAAGCGUGGACAUAACCACCAGGACCUGGUUCAUUACUUGAUUACUCAUAAGGCCAUUCUAACUGGGCUAAUGUUCCGAAAGCACACACAAAAAAAGUCUAGCUGUAAUUGGUAACUAGUGCUUGGUUCCACAAAAAAAUAAAACAAACUUUUAAUAAGUCUCUCUUUACAUAUGACUUAAGGCACUUAUCUAUGAAUAUUAGUGACGUAUUUUUCUACCAUUCAUCUGUAAUAAAUCACCCUUGUCAUACGUA